AUGCGCUCAUACUUUGCCGGCCUUUUGUGUGUGGAUUGGUCCCCGGAUUCCCAAUUCGUCGUCGUUGGUGGACAAGAUGAUUUAAUCACAGUGUGGUCAAUGCAAUAUCGUUCCGUGAUUUGUCGUGGUGAAGGUCACCGUUCAUGGGUGAGCACUGUCCGAUUCGAUCCGUACCUUUGUCCACCCAAAUGUCAGUUGACCGAUACGCGUGAUUUUUCUCCAUCUACUUCGGCCAACGGAUUUAGUUCUACCCAAGAGCAGAAGCCAGCUUAUGUGGAACACAACAAUACACCUAUUAAUCGGUUUUCUCUGGCAGAUGAUGGGUGUUGUAACCCGAUGCUUGGCACUUACCGAAUUGGUUCCGUUGGUCAAGACACACAGUUCUGCCUUUGGGAUCUGACGGAGGAUGUGAUUCGACAAGGUGUGCAAUUCGUACUCAAUGUCGCUCCUACCCGGCCACCAAACGGGGUCCUAGAUGAUUCCUUCUUCGGCACAAACUUCCCAAGUCCGGUCACUGUUAAUCCAGUUCACCAAACUCCGGAAAGCCGUCUCACCACGUCCCCAACAUCAGCUUCAACCGCUAAGGCGGUCAUGGCGUCAGCAACCCUUCCAUCUACUCCCGAGUCUGUUUCAAAUACUGGUGCCAAAAGUGGGAAUAGUUGGUUCGGUUUUCUUACAUUCAAUCGGAAAAAGCUAACACCAACAGCCUCCGCCUCCACGCUCACACCAAAAACAUCCACUUCUGCCUAUGGUUCCGAGCGCAUCAAGGCAAACAGUCUGGUGCAUAGGUUUUCCACAACCGUGACUCAUCAUCGCAAUGCUGGAGAUCCGGGUUCAGAGAAACGACAUGGCUCUGAUGAUGCUGUGUCCAAAUAUUGCAGCCUUGGUCGAUUAAAUGAUUCCAGUCGGCUGUUCGAAAUGAAUGAGCAAUAG